AUGGCCGGAAGAGUUGCCGAUUUCAUACUAGAGAACAGACCACCUACCUAUUCUUUGGCCGGAAGCAGAUACUGUGUACCCCCCGACGGCGGCCCUCUCGCCUGGACCCAAGUCCUCGCCGGGCACUUCAUCUUCCUCCUAACAUGGGGUUACAGCGCCGCCUUCGGGGUCUUCCAAACCCACUACCGCCACACCCUGCCCGAGUCCUCAUCCACGAUCUCCUGGAUCGGCGGCGUCCAAGUCUUCAUCCUCCUGCUCAUCUCCGCGCUCUCCGGCCGCGCCACAGACGCCGGAUUCACGAGGGCUCUAGUCCUGCUGGGUACGUCUCUGAUCGUGCUGGGCACGUUCAUGACCAGCUUGGCGACGACGUAUUGGCAGAUUUUCCUCGCGCAGGGGGUCUGCGUGGGGGUCGGGAUGGGGUUGAUUUGGCUUCCUGGCGUGACGCUCGUUUCGACGUAUUUUGUGAGAAAGAGGGUGUUUGCGAUGGCGGUUGCUGCGUCGGGGACGAGUACGGCCGGGAUGGUCUUUCCGGGGAUUGUGCAGGGGUUGAUCCCGAGGGUUGGUUUUCCGUGGGCGGUUCGCUGUAUGGGAUUCGUCGUCUUGUUCGUCGCCGUCGUUAUCAACUGCGUGCUUUGUCCGCGCAUGCCGCCGCGCAAGUCAGGGCCGCUGGUCGAGUGGGCGGCGUUUAAGGAGCCGUCGUAUGUGAUGCUUACGUUCGGGAUCUUCCUGAUCUAUUGGACGUUCUUUUUCGUCUUUUUCUACAUCCAAGUCUACGCGCGCCAAAAGCUAGGGAUGCCGGAAUCGCACGGCGCGAAUCUAAUCAUCAUCAUGCACGCGUCUGGGGUCCCGAUCCGCCCACCUCUGGGCUUCAUCGCAGACCGCUACAUCGGACCCCUGAACUGCCUGAUCCCGCUGACCGCACUCUGCGGCAUGCUCAUGUUCUGCUGGCACGGCGUGGUCAGUAUCGCCGGGCUGUACGUGUUUGCCGUAUUCUUUGGCCUCGUGUCGGCGGCUGUGCUGGGCAUGGUCAUCGGCACGAUCCCGUCUCUGACGAAGGAUAUGAGCAAGAUUGGGACGCGGGUGGGGAUGGCGUUGACGCUUGUGAGUCCGGGCCCGUUGACGGGGCCGUCGGUGGCCGGGGCGCUGAUUGAUAGAGGCCAUGGGGACUAUUUGGGGGCGCAGCUGUGGGCGGGCAUUGCGUUGUUGGUGGGUGCUGGGGUGUUGAUCGCGGCGAGGGUUUCGACGACGGGGUGGAGGUUGAUGGUGAAAAUUUGA